AGACACGGGCGGCCGCGCCGGCAGCUCGCAUGAAGCCGGGGAUUACAGCGGGGCGAGGGCAGCGCGGGCUCGGUUUUUAUUCCACCCCCCCACCCUCCCAAGCUCCACACCUCCUCCUCUCCCUGCCCCCCCCCCUCCUCCGCCCGCCACCCCAGCCGCUCGCCGCGCUGUUUGUUCGGCGGCUUCUCAUCUCGGCGGGUAGGAGGGAGAUGCCUUUGCCCUGGUUUUCCACCCCCAGUCCUCUCCGUGCCCGGGGGGGGCGGUGAUGUGGAGCCGGGAAUGUAGAGCAAAACCCUCCCCGGGAAGGAACGACCAAAACAAACCUCUCGCCGUGGCUUUGGCGGCCGCGCAGUGCCCGGGGAAGCCCGAGCAGCCCCUGCCAGCGCCGGGGAAUCCCUCCUCCAGCCCCCGGCGGUGCCCCGGGCGCCCGUGGAGCCAGCUUCAGGAAUGGAGCUGUCUGUCUGAAGAGGAUUCUGCCCAAAUAUUUGUAGUUUCCAAGCUCAUUCUCCUGAAGACUCUGGUGUUACAACUGCAUCCUUUCCAGAAUGGCUGAGAAGGCUCCACCAGGGAUCAGCAAAAAGUCUUCAAAGUCUACUAUUUCUCUGCCUCCAGAACCAGUGGAAAUCAUUAGGAGCAAAGCCUGCUCACGGAGGGUUAAACUAAAUGUUGGUGGGCUCAACCAUGAAGUGCUGUGGAGGACUUUGGACAGACUUCCAAGGACACGAUUAGGAAAGCUCAGAGACUGCAAUACUCACGAAUCUCUGCUAGAAGUAUGUGAUGACUAUAAUCUAAAUGAAAAUGAAUAUUUUUUUGAUCGGCACCCAGGGGCUUUCACUUCCAUUUUGAAUUUCUACAGGACAGGGAAACUACAUAUGAUGGAAGAAAUGUGUGCUCUUUCUUUUGGCCAGGAGCUUGAUUACUGGGGGAUUGAUGAGAUAUACUUAGAAUCUUGCUGCCAGGCAAGGUACCAUCAAAAGAAAGAGCAGAUGAAUGAGGAGCUGAGGAGAGAGGCAGAGACAUUACGAGAGAGAGAAGGAGAAGAGUUUGAUAAUACCUGCUGCCCAGAGAAAAGGAAGAAGCUCUGGGACUUGCUGGAGAAACCCAACUCAUCUGUGGCUGCAAAGAUUUUGGCCAUUGUGUCCAUUCUGUUCAUCGUACUGUCCACUAUUGCUUUGUCUCUUAACACACUACCAGAGCUUCAAGAAAUAGAUGAAUUUGGGCAGCCAAAUGACAACCCUCAGCUAGCACACGUUGAAGCUGUCUGUAUUGCUUGGUUUACCAUGGAGUACCUUUUGCGUUUUCUGUCCUCACCAAAUAAGUGGAAGUUCUUCAAAGGCCCAUUAAAUGUCAUUGACUUACUGGCUAUCUUGCCAUACUAUGUCACCAUUUUCCUCACGGAGUCCAAUAAAAGUGUCCUGCAGUUCCAAAACGUCAGACGUGUGGUUCAAAUAUUUCGUAUUAUGAGGAUCCUAAGGAUUCUUAAGCUUGCCAGGCAUUCAACAGGCCUUCAGUCUCUAGGGUUCACACUCAGGAGGAGCUACAAUGAAUUGGGCUUGUUGAUAUUAUUUUUAGCCAUGGGAAUCAUGAUAUUUUCAAGUCUUGUAUUCUUUGCUGAAAAGGAUGAGGAUGCUACAAAAUUUACCAGUAUCCCUGCAUCCUUCUGGUGGGCAACAAUCACUAUGACUACUGUAGGAUACGGUGACAUUUAUCCUAAGACAUUAUUAGGUAAAAUAGUUGGAGGACUUUGCUGUAUUGCUGGAGUGCUGGUCAUAGCCCUGCCUAUACCAAUUAUUGUGAAUAAUUUCUCAGAGUUUUAUAAGGAGCAGAAAAGACAGGAGAAGGCAAUUAAGAGGAGAGAAGCACUGGAGCGAGCUAAAAGAAAUGGCAGCAUUGUCUCCAUGAACUUGAAAGAUGCCUUUGCUCGAAGCAUGGAAAUGAUAGAUGUGGCAGUAGAUUCUGGAAAGCCUGAAGAAACAGUGAAUCCAAAGGAGACUCUUGAUGACAACCACCUGUCCCCAAGCCGGUGGAAAUGGGCCAGAAGAACACUGUCUGAAACAAGCUCAAACAAAUCUUAUGAGAACAAAUACCAAGAGAUCAGUCAACAAGACUCCCAUGAGCAAUUAAACAAUGCUGGAGCCUCUUCCAGCCCACAGCACCUCAGUGCCCAAAAACUGGAGAUGCUGUAUAACGAAAUUACUAAAGCUCAGUCUCAGCCUAAUCUUAAUGCUGGCUACCAAGACGAAUCAGCAAAGCCACCUAGGUAUGAAGAAGAAAUAGAAAUGGAAGAAGUUGCAGGUCAGAGAGAUCCCCUGCCAGCCGGCCUCACAGACUUUGUUACUGAUAUAAGGAGCACAUCCAGCAUCGACAGCUUUGCCAGCUGUGCCACAGACUUCACAGAAACAGAGAGGUCUCCCCUUUCUCUGUUUCCUGGCUCUCACUUGCAGAUGAGAUUUCCAGCUGAUCCUGCUAACCUGGGAGACAACCAAAGAGUAAGGAGUUCUCAGUUUAUACCAUCCACAAAAGACAGAAUAUUUUCUCCAACCGAUGUCACCUUUGACUAUAACCCAAUCGACAGAGCUGUGGCCAGUGAUGGCAGUGGGUCCCAAGCUGUUUUGCAUGGUCAUUUGCAUUUAGACACUGCCAUGGAAAGCCCCAAAAGUUCCCUGAAAGGUGGCAACCCGUUAAAAUCUAGAUCCCUUAAAGUGAAUUUUAAAGACAACAGAGGAGGUGCUCCACCUACUCCACCAAGCACUGCAAGGCCACUGCCAGUAAUGGCAGGAGCAGAGGCCACACAGGCCACCCCUCAGCACAUCAGCACCAUCCUCCUAGAAGAAAAUUCACCUCAAGGGGAACGACCUUUACUUGGUGCUGAUGCAUCAGCACUUUGUCAGGGACCCGUGAAAUCUUCCCCUCUCUUUCCCAAACAAAAGAUUUUCACUUUCCCUUCAAAAGAGAGGAGGAGCUUCACUGAAAUAGAUGCUGGAGAAGAAGAGUUUAUGGAGUUACACGGUAUAAAGGAAGAAAAACAACAGGAUGUCAAAACAAAUUGCUGUGGAGAUAAACACAGUGAUGGCAACCAUUUAACAGAGGAGCCACAGGUCAGCUCUUCACCCAAAACCAUGAGCCACAACUGCACCCAAGACAUUUACCAUGCUGUGGGUGAGGUAAAGAAGGACAGUAACCAAGAAGGUCACAAAAUGGAAAACCAUUUAUUUGCUCCAGAAAUUCAUACAAGUCCUGGAGAAACUGGUUACUGUCCCACACGUGAAACUAGCAUGUGACUAGUUACAAAAGCAAUAAAAAUACCUUUUCUUAAAACACGGUUAGUAAUGCCUAUGAACUAAAACAUGGAAAGCCUCAACAAAAAGUGCAUAAAAAGUUAUUUUUGCAUGGCAUGAAGAGUUGUUUAGUUUAAAUACUAUUAAAAAAAAAAAAAAAAAAAAAAAGAAAGAGUGAGAGAGAAAAAAAAAAAAGACUGCUUUUUGUAACAAACUGAAAAAAAAAUGAGGGAAAUGACCUAAGAACAGUGAAUUAAAAAAAACUCUGCUAGGAGCCAGUGUUCUGCAACAUCUGACAUUUUUGAUCCUUUCACUUAUGAUUGUAGACAGAUUUUAAACUCUUUUAACUUUUUCGUUUUCUUGGUUACAAUGAAUUUUAGAAUUUGCACAUGAAAGGAUAAAAUGUCAAUGCAUGCAUUCAUAAAGAUGUGAAACAAGGUGCUUUGAGUUUGAAAAAAAAAUGCAUAUAUUUGUAAAUAGUUUGGGGUUGGGGGAAAGCUACUCUUAACAAGGAUUUAUGGAAAAAGCAUUUCCUGGGACACAGGUACUUCCUUCACAGCGUGCUGCCUGGAGGUUUUGUACAGACUUAUGUUGCAAAAUUGCAACUUCUACUUACAGCAUCUCAAGUAUCUUGCUUUCUGUUAAAAAGCUCAUGAGUAUAUCUGUUAAUUAAGGACUACAGUAUUUUAGUUUAUCUGUGCUGGAAGUCAUGAUAGGUUUGUGUUUUUUUUCAUUUGCAUAACUUUGGCUAUUGUGUUUGUCAGUUUAAUUGAUGAUCCUGUGAGGAAAAGCAAAGAUUUAAUGACCAGAACUUGAAGUAUUUCAUAUUUUUUGUAGAAAACUGCCAACAUUUCAUAACUCAGAAAAAAAAUCCAUUUUAAGAAAAAAGAAUAUAUUAUUUUGGUGGCAAUAAAUAGUGCCAAAUGGCUAUAUAGACAUAUCCCAAAGCUCUCAAUCUCUUAGAACAUUUAUUUUAACUUGGUAUUAAAAGAAAACAAAUCUACCCAUGUUCUUUUUUUUUUUCCUUUGAUGUAACAAUAUUUACUUCUAUAUUCUUCGAGUCCUCUUCCUCUUUUCUUUACAUGUAGUGCCCAUACUUCAAUAAUGGCAAUGUUGUUGAAGCUGUUAUGGUGCAAGGACAGAAGAGACAAGCUUUGUAGGGGGAGGUAGUACCCUUUAUUAUCCCAAAUCAUAUAGCUGGAAAAAAUCAUAUAGCUGGAAAAAACAGCUGAUAGCCAGAGGGUCCAGCAGUUAAAAGUCUGGGGAGAUGUUUAGAAGUUCCAGCAUCAGCUCACUGCUGUGCUACAGGUUUGCUGCAUUAUAUUUGGCCUUUCAUUUCCCCAUGCGUGGAGGGGAGCAGCUGCUUCUUCCAGGGCAGCACUGUAACAGCAAGCAUGGUGAAGACCAUGAGAAAGCAAGAAUGGAAACCUUAAAAGCACUUUAGACCCCCCAAAAUUUGGUUUAAAACAGAAGGCUUCUACUUUCCAGAGAAGACCUAGGUUAAUUCUUAUUUAUGUGUCAUUUGUUGUCACCUAAAUGAGUAAACAUCAGGCACCUAAUGCACUUAAUGUAAAAGAGUAAGAAUUUUUGUUGCAAAGUUGCCCUCUGCUUGAAAUCACUGAGCUUAUGCCACAGACCUCACCCAAGCCUGGCCCAUGGAAAAGAAGCAAGUUUGAAAAGCACCAAAAUUUAGAAUCUGGUGUCUGGACCAAACAGUGAGAACAGCACAAUCCUUCAGUUUAAAAAAAAAAAAACAAAAAACAAACAAACAAAAAACUUUUUAUAUUUCCCUAAGUAUUCUGAUUUCCAUAACAAGAUAACAUUAAAGAGUCUCUUCAGUCAUUCAAGAAACUGGGAAUAUAAUGUUAUUUUUUCCAAACAAUGUCUGGUCAUUAAUUCUCGAAAUAAAAACGAUUGGUUUUGUCCUUUAUUGCAGUUCAUUGCAACUUGUUCCUGUAUUCAGUUCUAUCGAUUUCUAUGGCAUUCUGCUUAACAUAUUUCAAUCAUGUUGUGUUUCACUGUUCCAAAACAUAGCUCUUGAGUAUUUUAUAGUCAUUAAUCUUCUAUAUUUAUUUUUCUUUUUUUCUUCCUAUAUAUUUUCAGUGACUAAAACUAAAUGCCAGUCAAUUUCUACAUGCCUAAAGUGUUGGUCUGUAUUUUCUAUGUGCAAUUUUAUGAAAUCACAUGGGCCUGUUCAAUCUGCCUUUACAUUCUAGUGAACUAACGAAGACCAAAUUAAGUCCAAAUGGCAUCCGAUCUCAUGCUGUGGAUCCACAGAAAAAAUCCCACUCAAGAUGUUCUGGGAAGACUGAGGUGUGUCGUGUUCCUAUGUGUGCUUUUUCUCCCAGCUGACCCUUACACUUUGGAAAAGCCCCCUCAGAUCUGUGCCACUUGGUGGAAAGGGAGGAAUCCAGCCAUAGGGAACGUGUUGCAGGAGCAGAGGUUUCAUUCCUUAGGCUCUCCUGAGCACAAAACCAGUUCUCCCCUAGUAAAAUCACUGGAACUGUGAAAUCAAAGCCUCAGUCCUUGUGCAGAUUAAUUUCUUCUGAAAACUGUGGGAGCCUAAGAAAAGAAUAGGAAUGACUGAAAUAAAAACAAGGAUGGCAAGAAUCUCUCUCCUGAUGGAAAUCAAUGGGAGCUUUAGCUGUAUAAAUCAGAUGAGAUUAGGCCCUCAUGGACUGCUAUGUUUUAAAUGUUUUCAGAGAAGCACAUUUAUUUUGAAAUUGUGCAAGCAAAGGAAAUGCAAUUCUCUUUAUUAACAGAUGCUGUAUUUUUUAAAAUCUUGGAAGC